AUGGCUCUAUAUUUCGGGAACCCAAAAAGAGAAAGUUGGGAUUUUAUUGUGUGUGGCGGCGGCACCACGGGCAGUGUGAUUGCCGGUCGGUUGGCUGAAGAUCCCAAUGUGAAUGUGCUGGUCCUCGAGGCCGGUCCACUUAGCGAGGAUUUAGAGAAUGUGUCCAUGGUCGGAGGGUGGUCUGGGAACUUUGACAAGGAGACAGACUGGAACAUCGUCACUGUUCCAGGUAGCGGUAUCAACAAUCGGCAAGUUAACUUGAGCCGUGGAAAGUUCCUUGGCGGCUCUUCGGGCUGCAAUGGAACGCUCUGUAUACGUGGAUCAAAGCAAGACUACGACGACUGGGACCUACCAGGCUGGUCAGGGGAGGAAUUCUUCAAAUACAUGAGAAAGGCCGAAUCUUUCAAAGGAAAACCAUGGUUCAAUGCAUCUGAAGAAUCGCAUGGGUACAGCGGUCAUCUCGGAACAGAACCACAUGACCUUGCCCCAAUCUCAGAGCUACUGUUGAAGUCUAUGGAAUCCAAGGGUCUUGCGCUAGAUCACGACAUGUUUUCUCACGGCGAGAACCCUCAUGGAUGUGGCCAUGUUCCAAGGACUGUUACUAAUGGCAUUCGUACAACUAGCGCUGACUUUAUCACAAAGAAGAACCAGAAGUCCAACAUCACAAUCAUCCCCGAUGCUCAUGUUGACAAGGUCAUCAUCAAGUCUGUCGAUGAUGGUGUGCUUCAAGCUGUUGGGGUUAGGGCUGUCUUAAAGGACGGCUCUAUUCUUGAAGCACAUGCCAACAAGGAGGUAGUUAUUAGUGGCGGUGCAUAUUGCAGCCCUAACAUCCUUAACCGGUCCGGCAUUGGCGCUCGUACUGAACUUGAGCAACAUGGGAUCAAGACCCUCGUCGACCUGCCUGCAGUCGGAAAGAACCUCCUCGAUCAUCUGAUUGUUUUUAUCUUUUAUGAAACGGAAAGGCCAGGGCUCACUAAUGAUCACCUUGUGUAUCAUGGCGAUGCUUUCAAUCAUACUUAUCAGCUCUGGAAAGAGGAGAAGAAAGGAUUCUUAUCGAGCUUCCCUUUCGGCGCAUUUGCUUUUGCCCGCCUUGAUUCUCGUCUCGCUGACUCUCAGCUUUGGAACUCAGCACCGCGCUUGGAAGGACGUGACCCUAUGGGACUUCUGCCAUCGCAGCCUAACGUUGAGUUCUUUACUACCGAGUGUUAUGGUGGGCCAAAGCAAUAUGAUCAGUUCCCCAUCGAUAACAAGCACGCCUUCAGCAUCAUCGCCGAGCUGUUUGCCCCUCGAUCGCGUGGUAGCGUCUCUCUGCAGAGCGCAGAUGCCAAGGGGGUCCCUGUCGUCGACUGUGGUUAUCUUACCGAUCCUCUGGAUGUGGAAGUGCUUGCGGAAGCCUGCCGUUUCGGCAAUGAAAUUGUUAUGAGUGGUGAAGGAACCAAGGAUAUUGUCAAAGGAUCAUGGCCACCAGGAGCCUCCCACCAUAAACUCUCCACACGAGAGGACUGGGUUCCAUUUGUCAAGGAAAAUGCCACAACAUGCUAUCAUGCUGCGGGUACUUGUGCUAUGGGCAAAGCGUCUGACCCCAACGCUGUGGUGGAUGAACGACUUCGUGUUAAGGGUGUAAAAAAUCUCCGAGUUGCUGAUUGUAGCAUCAUGCCCACUCUUCAUGGAGGGCACACUCAGAUGCCAGCAUUUGGUAUCGGUGAGAAAGCUGCUGAUAUGAUCAAGGAGGACUGGGAUAUUGCUCAAUUUCGUCACAGCUCACCCUCGCUCAAGCUCUAA